UGUGGAAGUUCGUCGUUACUAGUGUCGCCGUCGAUCAUCGAUGCACUCAAUUAUGACAAAUCUGGCCACACUGUGUACACAGUUUGGUUAGAAAUAAAAACAUUACGAACAAUUAAAUGGCAGUAAUACAGUCUUGUCGAAAGAAGAAGAAAAAAGUUUAAUGUCGCUAAAUUACGAUAUACGAUUCGUAACGUAAAGUUAUUAAUUGAAGAGAUAGUAUUUAUUGUUUAAUAAAAUUAAUUUGAGGUACUAUUUCAUCAACAUUAAAGGAGUGAUUUCUCAGUUCAUGCGUCUCUUUAACAAUGGGUAAACACGAAGUAGGAACACCAAAGUACAUAGCAAACAAAAUUAAAGCUAAGGGUUUGCAAAAAUUACGAUGGUAUUGUCAGAUGUGUCAAAAACAAUGCAGGGACGAAAAUGGAUUCAAGUGUCAUACUAUGUCAGAGUCUCAUCAUCGACAGCUUUUACUGUUUGCUGACAAUGCAAGUCGUUAUAUGGAUCAAUUUUCGAGGGAAUUCUCGCAUGGUUAUCUAAAUUUAUUAAAGAGACAGUUUGGCACCAGACGUGUGCCUGCUAAUCGUGUUUAUCAAGAAUAUAUCUCAGACAGAGGACAUAUACAUAUGAAUGCUACAAUUUGGAUUACUUUGACUGCAUUUGUUAAAUGGCUCGGACGUUCUGGACAAUGCGUUGUCGAUGAAACAGAAAAGGGUUGGUAUGUAACAUAUAUUGACAGAGAUCCAGAAACAUUGGCAGCUCAAGAAAAGAAAGCAAAGAAGCAAAAAAUGGAUAAAGAUGAUGAAGAACGUAUGAUGGAGUUUAUAGAAAAACAAGUAGAGAAGGGUCACCAAGAAGGCAAUGAACAAAUGGAGACUUUUAAAGAACCACUGAAGCGAACAGAUCCUGAUGCACCUCUAAUUCUUGAAAUGAAGAUAAACAAGAAACCAAAGCUACUUCCCAUUGUCAUAAAAUCGGAAAGGGUUGAAGAUGAAGGUUCUAAUACCAUUAUAUCAAGUUCUAUAAUUUCUGGUAUAAAACAAGAAAAAUUAAGUGAUAAGUAUAUAGAACCAGACACAAGUUUGACAAAUAAAGGAAUAAAACGUAAAUCUAAACGCAUAGAUGAUGACAGUAAUGUAGAAGGUUGGUUAAGGGAAGGUUUAAUGGUGAAAAUAAUUACAAAAAAUCUUGGUGAAAAAUAUUAUAAAGCUAAAGGAGUCAUUCAGUCUGUGGAGAACUCUAACUUUGUUGGGAAGGUAAAAUUAAAAUCGCCCAAGGAAGUUGAGAAUCAUGUUGUAAAGAUUGAUCAGGAAUAUUUAGAGACAGUAAUACCUGCAAUUGGAAAAGAAGUCAUGAUUCUGUGGGGGAAAUACAAAGGCAUGAAAGGAAUAGUGCACAAACUUCAUAUAGGAAAUUAUAGUAUAGAUAUAGAACUUGUAAAAGAUAGGUCUGUUAAAAAAGAGCUACCGUAUGAACAAGUGUGUAAAUAUGUGACAUGAUCGUUUGCGCGUGAGGCUGAAAAUUGUAUAUUUGUCCGCAUCUCUUAAUAAGAUACUUUAAAUAAAUAAAAUAUAAUUAUUUUUAAGUACCCUGUAUUUUAACCUUUACU